AUGACCAUGAACGCUACUCGCGCGCCUCUCUCUGCUCUAAGACUACGAGAAGACGAAUUACCCCCCGACCUUAUUCUCUCCAUUGAACGUAUCCUCAAUAUUCACGCGCAUGAAGAUGCAGACGCCCUUGACAAACUCACGAAUGACUUCAAUCCCGUCCCUGUCUUGAACGAGUACUUCCCAGAUGAGGCUGCACUCGGUCAGAUGGAGGCCGUACAAGCGCGUCUUGCGCAGAACGAGCGUGAACUGCAAGCGGAGAUAGAUGCACUUCGGGAAGAGCUGAGGAAGGACCAAGACCCUAGCCGGAUGCAGCUCAUCCAGGAAAUGAUCUCGGACCUCUUGGGACAAAUGUCUCGGAUACGGGAGAAGGCUACCGAGUCCGAAGCUGUUGUGCGCAAUAUCACGCGCGAGAUUCAAGUGCUGGACCUCGCGAAAAAGAACCUCAUUUUGAGCAUGACGACACUCAAGAGGUUGCAGAUGCUUGUGAACGUGUUGAGCCAACUGGAGGACCAAAUCAAGGAGCGCAAGUACCGCGAUAUCGUGCAGUCGCUGGCAGCCGUCAAGCAAAUUGGCGCGUCAUUCAAGCCGUACCUGUCAGUUCAGCGAAUAUCGCAGUUAUGGCGGCGCAUACAAGAGAUUCAAACCGAGUUACGCGCCAUGGUGGACCAAGACUGGGAUAAGUUCUAUAUGCAAGACCCCGCGAAGCCUAUCAAGCCCUCCGUGGUUGCGGAUGCAUGCUUGGUCCUCGACUUUGUGGAGAAGUACGUCGCAUUGGAGCUCAAGGAGUACCGCCGCAUAUUCCGUGCGACAGACGAGGCUGGGCAGCUAGACAAUCUGUCGCGCCGAACAAGGGAGGGUGUUCCUGCAGAGUGGAAAGUGGGCUGGUUCCUGACUGCGAAGUUCAUCGAGAUUACGAGGGACGACAUGACUCUUUCCGUCAAGCAGCUCUUGGAUACGUUGGCGGAGACAAUGGAGUUCGAAGCGUACAUCUCGAAACGAGAUGGAACGCCGCUACGAGAAAUCCUGAAAUUCGCCACCCCAUCGAAUGCAAGUCGACCAUCGAAGCCCAUCACAUCCGCGUUUGAAACACACAUGGGUGUUUACAUCGACGCUCAAGACAAGAUACUGUCGGACAUGCUGGCCCAGUACAGAGGAGCGAAAUCACGAUCGUCACUCGAGGCAACAACCACAACGACCCAAGAUGAGGAUGGCGAACCUCCGAUCCUUUGCGCAAGUCUCUUCACCGGACAGCCUUUGUUUGACCUAUGUGCUCUGUUCAAGAAGUGGCUGCGCAUAUAUGCAGAGGAGGUCCUAGUCGCGAGUUUACGGAAACCCCAGACAGCUAUGCUUGCGCCUCGACGAUCAGUGGAUAGCCGCUUUGAGAUGUCAGAACUCAAGAAUGCAUGCACACUCAUCAACACCGCCGAUUACUGCCAAACUACGGCCCUCGAGCUGGAAGAGAAUAUUCGGGAGAAGUGCGACGAGGCGUUCAAGGAGAAGAUCACUCUGCAGGAGGAACGUGACUUGUUUGUCAGCGCUAUAUCCGCUGCCAUCGGAGUGAUGCUACGCGAGCUUGAGAACUCCUGUGAUGCCCCAUUCUCGAUAUUAUCUCGCACCCCAUGGCAGAACCUCAAGCAUGUCAGCGGGCAGUCCGCAUACGUGCCAGAACUCACGAACGCAGUUGAGCAAGUGUUGGAUGCAGUCAAGCCACUUGUGGAACAGAAGAGGUAUCUCCGCAAUUUCUUUGAUAAGGCGGCGAGCACAAUAUCUGCCAAAUUCACAAACGCGUUGGUUCGGAGUCGACCUCUAAUGGAGAUCGGUGCCGAACAGCUCUUGAUUGAUCUUCAGGCCAUCAAGGCGUGCUUGCUGAAGGCACCUGGGGAAGAGCUUUCCACAUCGAAUUAUACGAAGAGCGUCGCCAAACAGACGACGCGCUUGGAAGCUCUGCUGAAGGUCAUUGUCACCCCGGUAGACCCACCCGAAGGCUUCAUUCUCAACUACACCUUGGUCAUUGGCGACGCCUCAUUCUCCAACUUCCAGAAGAUCCUCGACCUCAAAGGAACGCCAAAAGCCACGCAGAACGACCUUCUUGACUCUUUCCUUACUAUCACGAGCGUCAAACCGGAGCUAGAAAGCACCUCCUUCCUCUCUUCGCUCGAUAUGGACCCCGGCCUGAUCGCCAACCUGACCAGCCCCGGCUCGAGCCGCGUAUCGCUCAUUCCCGGAUCGGCGACCGGAGAGAGCAUUCUCGCCGCGCUAUCCCCUCCACCGCUCAUGAACACACCUUCGGGAGGAUCGGAGGGUGCAAGAGCGGAUCAAGGGCGGCGGGAGGUAUUUUCAGACUUCAAGCGCUUCGUGAGCUUCGGGCUCAGGAGAGAGACGCUACCACCUUCAUGA